AACAGAACUGACUUAACCAUAAACUGAUAACGUAAAAUCCUUCUUGUGAAUGCUACGAACAAUCAAUAACGUCAGAAUGGGAAUUCCUAAAACUGUCAGCGAGACAUAAAUACACAUACACCGGCCGGCCGACAUCAGAUCAUCGUUUGUUCAAGCAUUGUUCACAUCCCUAGGCUAAUCAUUUCCGUAUUUUAAUCACGCAAGAUGCCACCCAAAAGAAAAGCUGCGAAAGCCACUAAAGCUGGAGGGAAGAAAGCGAAGACCACCGCCGCAGUGGAGGAGGAUAAACCAGCCACCACCCAGGACGUCAUCGCUAAACUGAAGGCCAGCGAGAAGAAGUCCGGAAACAAGAAACGCAAGGUCGAUAGCUUUGUGCCUUUGUCAAGCAGUUACGAGGUUUUUGAGGAUUAUGAUUGCAUGUUGAACCAGACAAAUAUUGGUCACAACAACAACAAAUAUUACGUCAUCCAGGUUCUGAAGAAGGGAGCCUCAUUCUACGCCUGGAACCGCUGGGGACGUGUGGGAGAAUCUGGGGCCAAUGCUAUGAAGGGACCAUUUGGCUCCUCUGACCCAGCAAUCAAGGAUUUCACCAAAAAAUUCCAAGAUAAGACCAGGAAUAAGUGGGUGAAUAAAGACAGCUUUAACCCGAUUCCAGGAAAGUACACCAUGAUUGAAAUGUCUCUAGAGGAUGAGGAUGAGACAGAUGCCCCAGCUCAAGCAGCGUCCAAGUCCUCCGGACCGACUGAGAAGUGUACUCUGGAUGCCCCCACCCAGGAUCUAUUGAAGCUGAUUUUCAACCAUGACAUGUUUAAAGAUGCCAUGAAGAGUUUUGAUAUUGAUGUGAAGAAAAUGCCAUUGGGGAAAUUGAGUAAGACCCAGCUCGCCAAAGGCUUCGAGGUCUUGGAAGAACUAGAGCAAGCAGUGGACUCUAAAAAUCGCAAGAAAAUGAUGGACCUGUCGUCCAGGUUCUACACCGUCAUCCCUCAUGAUUUUGGGAGGAAAAUUCCGCCUGUGAUAGAUACGCUGGAAAUCAUCCGCCAAAAGUACGACAUGUUGUUGGUCUUGGGUGACAUAGAAAUUGCACAGACUCUAGAAAAGGAGAAAGAAAAAAUUGUUGCGGGAUCAGAAAAACAACCCCACCCCCUGGAUGUGAAUUAUGGUCUUUUGAAGUGCAACUUGGAUCUUGUUGAUCCUAAAUCCAAGGACUAUAAGGUGUUGGAGACUUACACACGAGAGACUGGUAACAAAGGAGGAUGGAGAGUGCCUAAAAUAAAACAUAUCUGGUCCAUGAAGAGAGGUGAAGAGGAAAAGAGAUUUAAACAACACGAGAAGAUAUCGAACAGGAAGCUACUCUGGCACGGCACCAAUGUCGCAGUGGUGGCUGCCAUCUUGAAGGGUGGACUCCGGAUCAUGCCUCACAGUGGUGGGCGUGUCGGAAGUGGAAUUUAUUUUGCUUCCGAAAACAGCAAAUCUGCUGGAUACGUGCGAUGUGCUGGGAAUACAGGUAUAAUGUUUCUGAAUGAGGUAGCCCUGGGUAAGGAGCACAUAAUUACGAACGAUGAUUGGACACUGAAGUCGGCACCAGCUGGGUAUGACUGUAUCAUCGCAAAGGGAUGGACUGAACCUGAUCCCAAAAAGGACGUAAAAUUGAAGUUGGGCGGUAAAGAUGUGGUGGUGCCCCAGGGUGUUCCCGUCUCCCAGUCCCAGUACAACAAAAAGAGCAGCUUUGAUCAGAGCGAGUACCUUAUAUACAAAGAAAGUCAGAACAUGAUGCGGUAUCUGGUGAUGGUAGACUUCUAGUUCAUGUCAGUCAGGAUAUGAGGUGUUAUCUCGUGAUGAUGGACUUCUGUAAGCUCAUGUACAGCCAUAAACAUACAAUUUAUGUUUGGUUGUUUUUUGUUGUUGUUUUUGUUUUUUUUUUGUUUUUUUGUACCUACAUGUACCUUAUGAAAGCAGAGUAAAGUUGUAAGUUGUGUAAGAUUCUACGAAAUUAUUUCUCAUCAAAUUGCAUGUGUAACCAUGAACACAUACGUAUAUUCUGUAUGAAUGGAGGCUUCAUUUGUUAUGAAAUAUAACAUGUGUAUAUUCUGUAUGAAAUAUAAGGGUUGGAUUUGUUUUUGAUUUGAUUGUUAAUUACAUGUGAUACAGCAGGAAAACAAUGUAUAGUAGAUUACUGUAUCAACUGAAAGUUUCAUUGUUUAUGAAUAUGUUUAUCAUGUGAGUACUGUAAACCUGCACCGUGAUCCAUUUAAAAAUGAAAAUCAAAGUAUACAAAUCGUUUGUGAAAGUUUUAAAGAAAAUCAAAUUACAUUUUAAUAUUGUAAAGACCCACCUACACCGCUGUGUUUUUGUUUUACCGCCAUUAUGUACCGAUAUGGUGUGUUGGUAAGUUCUAUAUAUUUCACAAAAUGUUCAUAAAUAUUAUUUCUUUUUAUAAUAUUAUUUUAUUACAGGUCAUAUAACAUUUUUAAUUGCUAUAUUAUCUACAUCUGAUUUCGUGGAAUAAUCAUUGGUUAUUGUGGUUGAUGUCAGAUAGUUUAUAUUGAUUAUUUCCCAUCAUGCACCGGUUUAGGUAUACUGCUGUAGGUCGUUUAUGAAUUGACAAACUUAAAGUUGUACAUGACUUUAGAUUAUUGUGUACUCGUUAAAGAAACCUGAAAUGUAGAGCGCCUGUGUUUUGCUAGAUUUCUUAGUCUUUGUGUUUGUUGUUUGUUAUUGCUGCGAAAAGGCGUAGUUAGGUGUUAGAAUUUUAACAAAUAUUAUAGUAGUUUUAUGUCUUUUUAGAAAUAAAUAUGCAAUAUCAAGGUAGAUAUUCAUUCUCUUAAUUAAGUUAAUAAUUUCAUGUUUGGAGUUUACUUUUUAAUCCCCGUGACUUGUCUUGGUAGAAUAAUUUAUUCACGUUUUAAUUCAUUACUCUACAUCUGUGAUACGAGUGAGUACUCUGUAUAUGUACACCAAGUUUGUGAAAUAAAGUAGAUGUUUUUGUC